CCUCCCUCCCUCCAUCCCUCUAUUCAAGUCAAUUCACGACCCUUCUACACCCAUCGAUCAGAACAGCAAUGGCAGAGCCGCAGCCCUCCUCCAUCAGCGAAGGCGCCGCAGACCCCCACGCCCCAACUGGCACCGCAGAAGACCGCAAAGCAGCCGCAGCGCUAGAAUCGCUUGACGCUCAAGAAGAUGGCGGCGAGAAGAAAGACGUGGACAACAAGGCACUAGACAAGGCGAUGAAGGGUCUCAACGUGAAGGACAAAAAAGGCGAGGAGAAGAAGAUUGUCAAGGUGGAAGCAGCAGACGUUGCUCUUUUGGUCGCGGAACUCGAACUGUCAAAGCAGAAGGCGACGGAAUUGCUCCGUGGGAAUGAUGGCGAUGCUGUGAAGGCGAUGGCUGCCUUUGUCACUACUUGAAGAACCCGCAUG